GUCACGUUAUAAUUUGCAAAAACGUUUAACAACACCCAAUUUCCCCCUAAUUUCUCACACCCACGGGCCACGGCCACCAUUUCAGCUCCUCCACUCGUUGCUUUUAUUUUCAAUUUUUUCAUUACUCAACUCCCUCUCUUUAGCUUCUUCUACCCAUCAAAUUACAAUCAAAAUUAAGCAAAUCAAAAGUCUAUUCUUCAAAUUCUAGACUAUUAGAAUAGAAUUUUCCAUUGAUUUUGAUCAAUUACAACAGUCAUGGCAGCAGCAGCAACAGCGGCAGCAGGGUCGGGUGGACAAAGAACAAUACUCAUAACAGGCGUAAGCCGAGGUUUAGGCAGAGCUUUAGCUCUUGAAAUGGCGAAACGAGGACAUUGUGUUGUUGGGUGUGGUCGUUCUCAAGAUAGAAUUGAUUCUCUUCAAGCUGAACUUCACAAUUCUCCUUCUUCUACUUCUGAAGAAUCCAAUCAUCUUCUUCUCAAUGUUGAUGUGAGGUUGAAUAACAGUGUGCAGGAUCUUGCUAAGUUACUUGUUGAGAAGAAACGGAUUCCUGAUAUUGUUGUAAAUAAUGCUGGCACCAUUAAUAAAAACAACACCCUGUGGGAGGUUCCAGCAGAAGAGUUUGACACUGUGAUUGAUACUAAUGUGAAGGGGGUUGCUAACGUGCUUCGUCACUUCAUCCCUCUUAUGAUCGAGAGGAAGCAUGGUAUCAUUGUCAAUCUGUCAUCUGGAUGGGGGCGAUCUGCUGCUGCUCAGGUUGCUCCUUACUGUGCUUCAAAAUGGGCAGUUGAGGGUUUGACUAGAGCAGUUGCAAAGGAGCUGAGUGGUGGUAUGGCAAUUGUUGCUCUUAGUCCUGGAGUGAUACAUACUGAGAUGCUCGAGUCCUGCUUUGGAAGUACAGCUCAUGUCUAUCCAAAGCCUGAUCAGUGGGCUCCGAGGGCAGCAACCAUGAUACUUAAUCUGACAUCUGCUGACAAUGGUGCAUCAUUAACUGUGUAAAGACUAAAGAGUAAAAGCUAACUUAACCAGUGUUUUUUCCUUAAAAAUAAUUGAAAUUUUGAUAGAUUGUAUAAUGCGUAAAUGGGACCUGUAUUAUUGUUCUCUUAUUGCUCAAUCUCUAUCUACGAGGAUCAUCAUUUGAAAUGCAACCACAGAUUUUCAGUACUGUGACUUAAAUUAAGCUUGACCUGUAAAUUUUGUUUUC